GUUAGCGGAGUAGGGAAAAAUUGCAAGAUGGAGUCCUGACAUAAACUUCUUCAUUCUUUGCUGAAUAUUAUCUCUAAUAAUGCUGGAAUUAAGUUUUCUAGGAAUUCACCUAUUUGUUGCAGCCCUUUAUAGUGUCUCCGCAUCAAAAACAGGUGAGUUAAGGGUCAUUAUUUUUUAUAAUCACCGGCAGUCCUAAAACUCACAAUCGGCGCGGCGGCAUACAUUCUUCGGUAUAAGUUUAAUAGUUGUCAUUUUUCAUAGUAGACGAUUACAGUCGAUCGAAUGGUGAUGAUUUAGGAAAACAGGGUUAAACUUUAUCGUUUUCGGCCCUAGGAUGAAAAAACGCUUGAUGGUUUUCGUUUCUUAUCACUUCUAAUGCCACUCUGAUCCGUUCGUGACAAUUCAAUUCCGAUAUGUGCUUUUGGACUUCAACACUGCACUUGUCAUGAGUUAGCAACUUCUGACAGACCGUUCUUGAAAAGGAAACUCCGUAAUACAGGUUUCCUUCGAAAAAAUUAGGCAUUUCUGACAGGAGUUAACUAUAAGGGUGGCUAUAAUAAAACGUGGGCUCCAGUGAGUAAAUGACGUAUCAAUGCAUGAUUUAUCACACAUGCUAAAACGUUGAAAUUCGCAUCCUUUUUACUUCGAUAUUGGGCAUAAUAUUUCUUUUGAUUGUACUAAGGAGGUGAAGACUGCUCGGUCGUUCAAAUAAUAUUUUUCUAGUAUGAAACAAUAUUGUAUUGGUACAGUAUUUCUAAUAACUUUCUUAAAUGUGUUGUUCAUAGUGUGAUAGCUUUUACAAACCAAUUAGAUUAACAAUUCUACUAAGUGGACAUUUUCUUAGACGUUGUAAUCGUUCAUUUGAUAAAGAAUACAAACCAAAACUUAUCAUGAUUACAAUGAGUGCUUCACAUUUUAUCGGCUUCUUCUUGGGGUGGGGGAAUGCAGGAAGACUAAGUCCCCUGAAAAAAACUUUGAUAUCUUCCUUGUAUAACUGGGAUUCAGCUGAUUGAAGGGACUUUUGAUGGUAGUUAAAACCUGCGUAGCUGGCAGAAUUUGUGGUGUUCAACUAUUAACAAAGAUCACAAUAGCACCCGUGGAACGAAUUUCAUUUGAGAAAAAAGGGGAAAUCUUUUGUCACUCUAACCACAAUUAUUAUUUGAUGAUGAUUCAGUUACAUCUGUGUAAAGAGAUACAGUUUUUCAUUGUAUUCUUUUGUUAGUAACUUUAUUACAUCCACUUUGAAAUUACUGGCUAUCCGAGCAAUCUGAUUGGCUCUCAGCGGUGUGAUUUAUUCCUAAAUCGCACCAUUUUUUGCUCUAAAUCGCAUCUGUUCCAAAUCGCGUCAUUCAUGUUCUAAAUCACAUCAUUUCUGUUUUAAAUUGCACCAUUUUUGUUCUAUAUCGCAUCGUUUCUGUUUGGAAUACAAAAUGAGAUGUAAAAGCCUUUUUGUUUCGGCUUUUUAACAAACCGGCUACUUGAACAAUAAAAUAUUAGUACUGACUAAAUUCUGUGAUUUCAAAAUGGAAGUAAUAAAGUGGUAAUUGAACUUCGUGUCGUGCAAUUUUGGUCUGAAAUCAUACUUGUGAUUUCGAAUUGAACUCGCGCUGCACGCUUGUUCGAUUUUGAAAUCCUGUGUAUGAUUUCAGACCAAAUUGCACUCCACUCAAUUCAAUUACCAUUAUUAAUCAGCAAUAUCAUUAUUCUAUUUCUGCAACAGGAAUAGUAGUAGUUUUACAUGUGCCUAGACUGCGUGUGCUAUAGUUUGCUAUGGUGGUCAUGUUUUCUUUCUAAUUCUAACAUUUCUGCAAUUUUUUAUGAGAAAAUGCUAGAUUUCAUGACAAAGAAAAGCAGAAUAAAAGCUAUAGCAUUUGCAACUCCUGUAGCUGAAGUCACUGUUCUCUUAGACUCCGUUCUGAGAAAAUGCACAAAUGAACAGUGGUAAGGCCCAUAUCCCCACUAGGAACUUAGGGGAACCACAAGAGGGACCCUCCUGGGUAGAACACACAUCAGGUGGGAUAGGGGGUCCACACCCUGGAGUGGAUAUUUCUCCAAACCUGUCUCUGAGGGCGAAGUCUUACAGUGUGGUAAAGUGCUAGUGUAGCCAGGGAUUGCACAUCCGUGCCAUUACUUUUAUUGGAAAGUGAGAAAGAAGAACCAAGAAAGGAAUGUCACCUAUUGACCAGUAUAAUAUAAUUUUAUUGAUCCAUAUAAUCAAAUAGUGUAGUUUAUUAAUAAUCAACUUGCGGGUGGGACGGAAAAAAUGCUUUAGUUUGUGAAUGAAUCAAAGCUCUGAAGGAAUUGACCAGAAAAAGACAUUUUACAGCCUAUAAGGGAACACAUAAAUUUGCUUUUAUGUGGCUGUAUAAAAAUAAACAUUAUAAAUCAUUUUUGUUUUUCCAGGCAAGAUAGAAGGUGUGUUGACCCAUUAUGAAACUCUGCACACUAAAGACAUUUUACAUGGAUACCACAAGAGAGAUGCCAGCACACAAGAAAAAGUUGUUUCCUUUACCACUUUAGGAAGGUAAGUAACAAUUCAAAACAAUAUUGUGAAAUGAAGAUGUUUUCAGAUGUCAGUAUUUCAGUUACAGAAAUGUCUUCUUUCUUUAACUAGCAUGUCUUUUUUCGCUUCCAUCUAAUCAUUUAUAUGAUAAAACAAAACAUACAAGAUGGAUCAGAAUUGAGCAUAUUACUUGACGUACAAUCUACUGCGAUUGUGAUCUUUUGAUCCUGAGAGAAUCAGAUACAUGUUGGUCUGUUGGGGUGAUUGAUGGAAGCAAAAAUGAAAUGUUGAGUUUUUCACUUUAGACAUACCUUGUUGUUGAAUAGUGGCAUUAAAUGAGAUGAAAAUUAUCACAGUGACUGAAAAACCGGCACUGCCAGCUAUGUGUCUUUUAAUUGCGCACACCUAAACAGCAUGAUCAUUCUAACUAACAAUAAAUUACAUAUGUCUUCAGAAUUGACUAAAAUAAUAAAAUAUUUUAAUUGUAAUUGUCUUUAUUUGCUGUUGCAGUUUACGAUAAAAUUAUUUAUUUUGUUGUUACUGUUCUGAGUUCAAACUUACCUUUACAUGUUAAAGAAAAGAAAAAUUGCAAAAUUUAAUAAACUCCAAUUCCAUCUUUCCUUAAAAAUCACAAAAUCAAAAUACCCUUGAAAUAUGGCUCAUGAUUUUUUGCAGAAUAUGAUAAUAGCAAAAUUAAGUGAGAAUAAGGUAGUGGUUAUCAUACACCCCCACCCAUUUUUUCCUUAUUUUGUGAGUAGCUUCUUGUGGAUAAAGCUGAGUUGAGACAUCAUUGCAAUCAGGGCUUUAUUGUGUAGAAAAUAAGAAUCUUUCAUUUAUGUUUUCUUGCUCACUACAGACACUUCAAGCUUCAUCUCAUUCCACAUGUUGAACUGUUCAGUGAAAACUUCCAUGCGUACUCUGUGGGAGAAAAUAAUGAGAAGAUAGAAAUUGCAGUUGACAAAGACAGUUUUUACAAAGGUUAUGAUGAAGGUAUAACCCUGUCUUCCUUUACUCCUGUUUGUGAUUCUCAAUCAAACCUCAUACUGGCACAAAUCUCUAACAUUUCACUCUGGCACAAAUCUCUAACAUUUCACUCUGGCAAUUCACUCUGGUGGGGGGCUCUGAAAUUUUUUCGACUACCAAGGAGGGGGCUCCUAAAAAAUUGAACCGCUAGCGAGGGGGGCUGCUAAAAUUUCAAGCUUCGAGUUUCAAUAUCUUCAUCCCCCCCCCCCUUGUCAUAUUAAAUGAACUUUCCCUAAUCAUUAAAAUCUAACUCAUUCAAUUUCUGCCAUAGAUCUAAGGGCCUAAUUUUCCAGGGUGUUUAAUAUAUUUUGUUUUUAUGAUUUAAAGGGGACCCUUUAUCUCAUGUAAGAGCUCAUGUAGAUGAUGGAGUUCUUUCAGCUUCUAUAGACACAAAAGAGGACACAUAUGUCAUUGAGGUAAGAUCUACAUAAUUUGGAAAAAUUAGCCUAACCACACAUGCAUAUUGUCUUUUUUCAAAAACGCACAACACUAUAAGAGUAAGGCUGAGUAGUGGUGACAGAACUGAGAAUUACUGAAAAACAAAUGUGACCCUCAAUAAAUUAAGAAAAUUGAGAAAUGUGUUAUUGGGGCCAUUAACACACUACGAUUUUAUUGCAAUCAUCCAAUAAGCUUCUAAAAUUUCAUUAAGAAUAAAUUCUGUAGUUUUAGUUAUGGUGGUGUGACAAAUGUUAGACGUAUGAUGUCAUUUUACAGCCUGCUUGGCGUCAUGUUGAGAAGUCUACAAAACAAGAGAUGAUUGCAUACAGACAUUCAGAUGUCAAGUCCAAUAUAACUCAUUCUUAUGCUGAUCCUAAGUAAGUUAUUCUUGAAAUAAAGGCAUUACAGUCGACUCCUGGUAACUCAAACCCUCUAUAACUCUAAUCUCCUGCUAACUUGAAGCAAUUUUCAUUUCCCUUCAGAUCAUUUUCUAUAUAAUUUUACCCUCGAUAAUUCAAACUUUUUUCCAUUUCCCUCGAAGGUUUGAAUUAACGGGAGUUGACUGUAUUCCUUCUUUUGGGGACCUCUUGUAAGUUGACAACUCCCUGAAGUGCUUGUAUUGAAAAAUUAAAGGAACAACUCCUCUGGCGAUAUUCUAUGAAAGUUGCUUCACUCAUGGGGAAAGCCUAGCUAGGGUGGUGCAGGGGGGAGAACACUUGCCUUGCACCAUUUUGACCUGGAUGAGAAUCAUGGAAGUUCAAGUUUGAGUUUGUUAUUGGUUCUCCUCCAGCUUAUUCUGUACUGGAAGAUGGUGUUCUUGUCUCUGCUUCAGAGAAGACAUUAAAACCUUGUUAUAAAUUCUCACUGUAUGUAGCUGGGAGCCCGCACUCCCAAACGCCCCAGUUUUGAGAUAAGUUAUGGGAAGAGGCUGGCGAGCCUGGAAGUAGGAAGGAGUGGGAGCUAAGUUGCAAGAGUGAGCCGUCGGUCGCUGCGGGGAGGAGUGUGGGGUUCACAGCCUUGAUGCCAGGUUCUGUUUUAGCUAAGAAAGGAAUAAACAGGAUAAAACAGACCUACAUGUAUUUAUACUUAAUUUUGUAAUAUUAUGCACAACUUGUUCCUCAGUGGAUCUGUCAAUGCACAGGAAUUAAAAAGUGCUUGGGUUCCACAAGCUUAGAGGGCAUUUGUGUGCCAGUGACUGUCUGCUUCCAGGGAGAAUAGUGUUCUCAAUUUUUAACAUUGGAAUUUUCUUUUAUGCUGCUGUAAUGACACAGAAAUAAAAGUACUUCUUUUUUACUUCUCUGUAAACUUUUCAAAAUCUAAUGGUAUAUUUUUAUGUUUUCUUGUAGGAAAGGGACAUUUAGUUUUUGUGGCCAUGACUCAAAGCAUUCAACUGUGUAUUACAAGAAAGAUGUUGGUAAUAAAGCAUGUUGGUUCCUGCUUUAUAAACGUUUGCAAAUCCAGCAAUAUGAUCAUGUUUCCUAGUCAUUUGAUUUAAGGUUUAAUUAGAUAGUUGUAUGGGAUGAAUCCAAGAUUUAGUGAAGGGGGCAUCAGAUAAAUGUGUGACGAAAGGCAGACCACUUUCAUCUGCAAUAAUUGAGACCAAUAUUAUUUUUUUGGUUUUAGCUCCAGAUAUGAGAUCUGGAAGAAAGAGACGUGCCGCGUCAACACUGAUAAGGUGUACUUUGGCUUUAGUGGCUGAUUUCACGUUUUUUAAAGCAAUGGGUGGAAGUGACAAGAGGCAAUCAAUAAAUUAUAUGGUAAGGCAGCUAGUGUAUCUAACUUUAAGUGAGUCUCUCAAUGCAGUGCUUGCUGUUAACUUUUGUAAUCACCGAUCCAGGAGAGCUGAAGAAUUACUAGUCCUGAGAAAAUCUUUGUUAGCCUUUCUUGACUUCAGGAUGCAGCAUGGUCCCUACAGUUGGAUCUAGCAAACUAGGCUUACCGAUAUAUCCCAAAAUUCAUUCUAAUAAAAACCAUAACAAAAUUCUCAAAUCUGGUUGGCCAUCAACUGUCCUGAUUUCAACACUUUUAGGACAGUAUGAUAGCCUCUGGUGCCUCUGCCACCUCUUGGUAUAGGAUCAUGUUGAACAUCAAAUGUCUUGACAAAGUCUCAAAUGAAAGAAUCUACGAUCUCACCGGCACUACCCCUCUGCCAUCAACAGUAUUCUCAUGACAGCUCAAGUUCCUUGCCCACAUUUGGGUGCAUGGAGAAGGAUGCUAACAUUUUACUUUGCAUGAGCUUCCCCCCCCCCAUGGGAGAAGAUUCCCAGGGAGACUGCAUAAGUCCUUUUCUUUUUUUGGUUUUUAUUUGAAAUUUUUACUGGUCAAGAUGACUAGUUGAUGACCAUUAAGGUCAAGCGCUGAAAUGGUCCAUGAAAUCUAAGUAUGACUCAUCAUCAUCAGUCAACCAAAGAGCAGUUAUUGAAAGUCGUCUCCAGCUUGCUUGGUCUUGGGCAGUGCGCACGAUGUCCUAAAAAAAUUUGGGUCAAUCCAUUCCUGGACUUGGCUGGAAAAGGACUUGUGCAGUCUUUUCCCAUGGUGGGGAGGGGGGGAAGGUAGGGGGUUGAGCUGAUACAAAGUAAAAUGUCAGCUGGUCCAUCCUUCUCCAUGCACAAAAUGUGGCCAUGCCAUAAUAGCUGAGCUGGCUAAUGCCAUUGAGAUCUUAGACUCGGUGAUUUUAGACUUUGUGAAGACAUUUGAUGUUCAACAUGAUCCUACAGCAUGAGGUGGCAAAAGCAUUUAGUUUCACAGCCAUGUCUUUAGUGAUUAUCCAUGUUUCAAAGUCAUCCAGUAGAACGGAAAGACAUGUUGCUUUAAAAACACCCAGUCUCAGGUCCAAAAGUACUGUCUGUGAAUAGCAGAUCUUGUCAGGGCUCCAGAGUGCAGACCAUACAAGUAUUGAGUAUUUGAGGUUAUAUGACACAGUGCAUUUGUAUUUUUUUCUGGGUUCUAUCUCUGUAAGUGACUGUUUUCUGUUUUAGAUUGGUGUUGCAGACAGGGUGGACAAAAUUUACCGGGAUACAGAAUGGUCAAGUGAAUACAAAGGAUAUGGUUUUGAAAUUACAGAAGUAAGCAUGCAGAGUUUUAUUUUUCACAUUUUGAUUGGCUAUCAGUGUUCUUGCACAUAAUACUUACACUGUACAUACAAGUAUUGAAAUGUUUGUCAGAUGAAAUAGGUGAAUCUUUGUUGGCAUCAUUGUUUACAAUGAUUUUUCCUCAUUAGCAUACAACCUAGCUCAUACAAGCCGUGGCUGCCGUAUAUCUGAACUAUAAUAAUUCAAAAAUUGAAAUAUCUGAUUAACUUCAGCAAUUUGUGCAAUUUUCAGCUCCUUGCAAGCAACGUUGAAGGAAAUAUUAGCCAUCGAAAACUGUGAAAUUGCUGGGUAACAAAAAAGUUAGCUUAGUCAAAAUGUGCCUUUACAAUAUUCUUUGUAAAAUUUUGAGUUUUUAAAAGAGAAUGUCUCUGAAACUUUUCAGUAUAUUUUGGGUUCAGAUUUUCAGAGAUGAGAUAACUUACUGAUAACUGAAACUGUUAUGCUCUUUCAACAUUCAGAGGUUUUAGUUUAUUAGCUUCGUCAGAUAAUGAUGAGCAUAAUGUUAAUGAGGCAAAAACUGUAAACAAAGAUUUGCCUAUUCAAUCAUUAUUUACACACAAAUUGAUGAUCACAAAGCAGCUACUACAGGUAAUUAACAAAAGCUAAUAAUUAUUGAUAUUGAAUGGUAUUGACCAAUCUAUGGCUGAUUGGUAGUCUAUUUUGCUACAUUGAUUGAUGUAGUGUGGAUAAUUUUGUUAUUAAUAACUUGAAAUGUGAUGUGAAAAGGACGUUUAUCAGCCUUUACGUUUGUUAAGGUGACUGUUCACACUGCACCAGGACCCAAUGAUCACUACAAUAUGGACCGUCCUGGCAUCUGGCCAAUCAAAGAGCUUUUAAGAGUAAGUCAGAAUUAAUAGAAUAAAUAUACCUUCUCGACAGUUAAGUUGUGACCAUGAUUUACUAGUUAAUGGAAAAUUAUUCAUUUUCUUCAGACAUUCAGUAAAAUAGACUGGAGCAAAUACUGUUUGGCACACCUGUUUACAUACCAAGACUUCGCUGAUGGCGUUAUUGGAUUAGCUUAUGUUGGUAACCCUAAACGAAAUGCUGUAGGAGGAAUCUGUACUGAAAGUAAUUAUUAUUACAAGCUCUACUCAUCUAUUUCUUCUGUUGCUACUUCUAAUUUUCCUUCUUUCAUCCCAGCCCAUCUGAGGCCCGUGCCUCCCCCUCAUCAUGCCACCUCAUCCAUACAAUACAGUUGUGAUUUUUAAAACUUGUAUUUUGGAAUUAUAUAGAACAAAAGUUUUUUAGUUACUUUUUAAGUUUUUGUAUUAGUUUAGCUUUUAAAUGCAUUUUAAUUGCUGUAUUUUAGCUUUUUUAAACAAUUUUUUUUAAUCUUGUUGUAUGUUUAACUUUUUCUGUAUUUUAGUUACUGUAAUUUAGGCUAUUUAUAUAUAUAUAUAUAUAUAUAUUAUUUGUUAUUAUUAUUAAUUUUUUUUUCAGGGCCCUCAUUGAUAGCAGCAUUUUAUGCUGAAGAGAUAACCCUGGCUAAAUAACAUUUAUUAUUAUUAUUAUUAUUAUUAUUAUUAUUAUUAUUAUUAUUAUUAUUAUUAUUAUUAUUAGGACAAUGAAGGAUGUCAUGACCAAACCAGUUUGGUAUAUUGUAACUUGUUAGACAAGAUGUUACAAAUUGUCAUUCAAUAUUUUGACCUUAAUUAAGGAAUUAUUACUAAACUUGUAGUUAUUUGUAGCUUUUCCACGAUGACUCGUUAUAUUGUAAGAACCUAAACCCAGCGAUUAAAGGUCGUAGAAUAACUAUAAAUAACUGCAAGUUUUGUAUUUCUUCAUAUAUGAGUAUAAUAGUCAAAAUGAUUAUGGUACAGCACUUUGUAACAUCUUGUCUUACCAGUCUCCAAACUGGUUUCUGUAAUCGAAACCUUUCUUGGACUACAACCUGUACUGAGUAUUUUGAAUUUUGUAACCAGAACUUACUUUCAAAUUACGUGCUUUCCAGGAUACUUUACAAACAACAUGUGGUUGUACCUCAACACUGGAUUGAGUAGCAGUAUCAAUUGGGGCAGAAAACUGCUCACAGAGGAAGCAGACAUUGUUACUGCCCAUGGUACUUGCUUUAUAUUGUGUAUUGCACCCUGUUUCUUUAUACUGUGUUUUAUAAGAAUAUCGAAGCUGAAAUUUGCGAAAUUUUAAGGAUUUUUUUAUAAACCAGAGGCUGAGAUUUUGAAAAGGAUGUAGUUUGGGGUGUUGAAAAUCUGUAAAUACAAUACUAUACAAUAUUGUGCAUUUUAAUUUAACCAUGUAAAUUAUUCCUUCUCUGAAAGGCAAAACAUAUCUAGACACCUGCAUUUGUUACCCCAAUACAUUCUAACAUGGAAAUGUCAUAAGGUACAAUUUAAAAAUAAUACAAGAAAAAUUGGCAGAAAAAUAAGAAUAUUCAGCUUGGGUCUCAAAAACAACAUUCUACCAAAAAAGUGUACAUUACCAUAAUUAUCUUAUGCAGAAGAUGUGCAAGAAUACAUAAGUAGUAUGAUCGUAGAGGUGAUGUAGUCCUGAAUAAGAUUGUAGACCUCUAGAGACUGAUGUUUUGACAACCCCGUGUGCAGCACUGGGCUCAUCUUCAUAGUCAAAGCGAUGUCACUUUGCAUUUAAUUGUUAAUAUGUGUUUUACUCAGUUUAUAAAACCUGCUAACAAUGUUCUCUCUUUUUCCAUCAUUCACUUGUAACUUGAAAAAAAAUGGAACUGCAUUGCAAUAAGAAAUUGGUAAGUUGCUAGGUAAUUUCCUCCUCUUUUGAAACAAGGCAUUUUCUACUUUUAUAUACAAAGGAUUGUGCGUGAAACUCUGUCUCAGGGAUCAAAUGAGGAAAUAGCAGACAUUUUGCGACACCACCACGUUUCUCCACGAAAUGACGUCUGAGAAAUGAGCGCAGAAAUUCCAUACUGAUGACGCUUCACUACCCAGAUCUGGGUAGUGAUUCUGAUUGGUUGAAACGAAUUUCCCUCGCGGCACGACCAAUCAGAGUCACUACCCAGAUCUGGGUAAUGACACGUCAUCAGUAUGGAAUUUCGCGUGGACACCAAAGGUAGCGUCGCGAAAUGUUGGCCAUUUUCUGAGUCUAAUCUUUUUUACGAUGUUUGCCUUCUUUCAGGACACAAUUUUGGCAGUGAACACGAUCCGGAGACUCAGGAAUGUGCACCGGCAGAUAAUCAGGAAGAUGGAGGAAAAUACAUCAUGUAUCCUGCUUCUGUUAGUGGGCAGCUGCCCAAUAACAAGGUAAUGUAACUUAGGUUUUGGUUUUAGAUGCAGUGCAGUUACCACUUUACAAGAGUGACCAACAUCAAUUUUGUCCUAAUGGCAUCGAUACAUAAUCAAGAAAAAAAGUGAUGAGAAUUACUUAAAUGAUCACUAAGGGGAAAUUCUUUGAUCUUAAUUUUAGCAAAUUCUCUUAACUUCUUCUUGAAGGAAAUUUGUAAUUAUUCUGUAAAAACGCCCACCAACUUAUAUUGUAAAACUAGCUGUUUUGUGUGAAGUAUUCUUUAAAAUUUUGUAACGUUUUGCAUUCCAGUAGUGAAUACCAUAUUGCUUCUGUUUUUUCUAAUGUCUGUUUGCCUACGCCCUAUCUGGAAAUCAGCUUUUGUUGUGUGUGGCUAGCGUAGUUUAAUAAAUAUGUUGUUGUUGUAAAGAUCAGUCUGGAGUAUUGAUUGGUAUGUGUUUAUUUGGGGCUUGAAGGGUAAAUGCUCUCCUAGUGACCACUCUGGUGAAAUUCCAUUCUGUUACCAGGGUUCACACGGGCAUGAAAAGUCCUUGAAUUGUAGGAAAGUCCUUGAAAAGUCCUUAAAUUCCUUUGCAAGUCGUUGCAAGUCUUUGCAAGUCCGUAAAUGUUCUUCAACCGCGAAUGUAGUUGCCUGAAAAGUGUUUUUGGCGCUUUUUGAUUGUCCAAGACAGAAUAUAAAUCAUAGCUCAGAAAAGUUAAAGGUGGUCUACAUAAAGCAUUUUUUUAUGCAAUAAUUAACUAUCAAUCUAAAACAAGUGAACUGAAAAAUGUUGAGAAGUUGGUGGAGCAAACAGUCCAAGCCUUGCAGUCCUGUUAGAAUGAACUGGGAAUGUGCAUUUUUGUACGAUAUGUGAAAUGUAGGUGGUCCUUAAAAAUUGAAUGUGCUUCUUGAAAGAUCCUCACGCUUGACAAGUUCUUAAAAAAUGGCUGCAAUUUCUUGUAUGAACCCGUGUGACUUAAGCUCUGUAAUGGAAAGCUCUCGCAAGCGAUUGUUUUGAGAGCGAGGCUUAUUUUCCUUUUCUUUGCCUAUAUGCCCAUCCGUAUAAAAAAACAGCUUCUUUUAUUUUGCUUUUCUAGGUUUUUUCACCAUGCAGCAGGCGUAGAAUUCUCGAGGUUUUGAAAUCCAAGUCUGAAUUUUGUUUCACAGGUAAUGACAUGUACUCAGAUCAGACCAGAUUGGAAGCGGCAGUAAUAAUUUUGUUGUAAAUAUUUCAAGCCUCUCGUGUGGAUAUUUGUUCCGAGAUAACUCCGAUUUUGUAAGCAAAAUCCUUAAGGCUGUAUUUUCCGUUAUUUUGUUUGAUAGUUAUAGUGAAUUUUAAGCCGGGUGAAUACAUGAGAAAGAUGUUUUUUUCAGUCAGCUUUGACACAGACAGUUCGGAAGAAAAAAUCCGAGUACUCCAUACAGGAAUCGAACCUAAGACCUUCUGGUUACUAAUUCAAAUGCUCUAGGACUAAGCUAAAGAAGACUCGUAGGAGCUUAUGCCACCAAACUAGGAUCAUGAUGUGACAAACAUCCUGCACACUUCUAGGACUAGAAAUGUCGAUUCGUGCUUAUUUUUCUUUGUUUAGAACCAAGAACUGAGAUCUGUGGUAACUACAGGGUAGAAAAAGGAGAGGAAUGUGAUCCAGGAGGUAUUGUACCGGAAGACAGUUUGUGCUGCACUAAAGACUGCAAGCUCAAGAAGGGUUUCUUAUGCAGGUGACUACCAGCUUCCUCCCACAAAGUUCUUGGCGCUUCGUGGCGCGUCCUUGCGCCAUCAACUUUCGAUCAGCAAAUUUAACCACCUAGAUAUUUUUUUAAUGAGAUUGUAGCCUCUAGCACGGAGGCGUGUGAGUUGUGAAAAGGACUUUUUCGGGGACAAGACGUCCUUCUACAAUGACUUAAGAUAAUGUUUUCAAAAUUCAUAAAAAUCGAGUCUUAAUCUACUUUCAAGUUUAAUGGGGCAAAAUUUAUCGUUUUAGAGAGUCAACUGAGUUUGUUCUAAGAAAUUUAAUGGCUUCGCCCUUUUAUUAGACCGUUUCUGAUCUCUCUCAGUCCCAGUCUCUCUUUAGUCCCGCGCUAAAUUACUCAAGGUCGAAAUUACACUUUCGAGUUUUGGAAGUGCUCUGGUUGGUCUAUGUUUUUAACCUAAAUUGAGUUCCCACAGCUGGAAGCACUCCUUCUCUUAUAUUUAUGGCUGACUCGCUGUGCUAUAAAAUAAAGUUCUUCCUGUAAGUGUUCGUGGGACAGGAACGCGUGAGGAAGCCCUAAGCCUAACGUCUGCAUGCCGGGAAGGCUACUUCCGACAAAGUUUCUUUAUAUUUUUCGUUUUUGUAGUUCUUUCUUUUUCAAUCUUUCUUCCCUGACUUUAUAAACCUUUCUCUGGCCUCCCUCUUCUUUCCCUCUCUUUUCUCUUUGCUAAGUUCCUUCCUGCAUUUUCCUUUUUUUUCCCUUUCACUCUGUGUAUUUUCCAAUGACUGACAUAAGUUUCCAUCCCCCGGGAUGGAAACCCCCUCGUACGAAAACUGUACCAAGGUUAAACUCACCAGUAACAGUAAGAGGUAAAAUAAAGUACAAUCUCUCGACCGUUUAUCUUUCUCUUCAGUGAUGGCUACGACUGGCCAUGCUGUAAAAACUGCACUUAUACAACCACCAAGAACCAGAGUUGUCGCAUUGCUGACACGACAACUUGUAGCGCAGAGUCGUUUUGUGAUGGUAACAAACCCACCUGUCCUGAUGCACCACCCAUGAGUGACGGAACACCUUGUAUUGAUAGGUUAGUUUUAUCUGCAUAGCAAGUUCGUUUCCAGAUUCGCUGAUAUUUCGCUUUUUUGUCCAUGUUUUUGCUAGCCUGUGUAUAGCCGCCCCCUCUCCUCCCCUGUACACAGGCCAUGCUUUUUCCACUACAAGUGUGGUGGCAAAAGAAAGAGUUAGGACGGAACGGCCAUUCGUCUUCCCUUCCCCCGUCGCGCGUGUCUGGCACUCCUUGCUCGCCUGAAAAACGUGAAAAAAUAACGCUUGUUCUGCAUGCUAGUGUUUACUUGCCUUUAUUGUACGUUUCGCAGCUUGAAACAUUCUGUCAUCAUAUAUAUACUUAUUUAUUUUGCUUUUUCCAAGGGGAGUAUGCAAAGGUGGCAAAUGCAAAACGUUCUGCGAAGCGAGGGGUCUGCAGCCUUGUAAGUGUUCAAGUGAUGAAGACGCCUGUAAAGUUUGCUGUCAACAAGGAGAUACUUGUAUACCCUACAGAGACAACGUCACUGGUGUUACGUUCGAUAUCGCUGACGGUCGGUCUUGCCAAGGAGAAGAAGCACAGGGCACCUGUCUUGUGGUAAUCUUUGAUUCCAUCAUUAUGGCGGGAAAAAAAUCUCGCGCCACUUUUUUGGCCAAUCAGAAGUAAAACUAGUCCAUGACUUGCGUACAGACUGUAUUCUGUGGUCCACAACGCAUAGCAAUCUUUCUCUGCAUUCUAUUUUUCGAAAUUUGAUAAUUCCUAUGGUCUCUGGAGUUCACGCGAUACCAUGUUUAUCUCACUUAGGGUCGUUGUAAGAAAAAUACUCAAGAUUUGGUGGAGAGAUUCUGGACAUUUCUCACAACGCUGGACAGCAAUAUAGUGGCUAAGUUUAUGAAAGACAACUUAGCAGGAACUGUUGUGGUGUUCUCCUUGCUAAUAUGGAUCCCGGCAAGCUGUUACAUAAAUCGAUUGGUAAGUAAAGUAAUAAGUUUCAGGGCAAGGGAGAGAGUGUGUGUGUUCCUUAUGACCCUCCCAACCCCUCCUUACCAGCUCUUGCAUAAGAGCUUUUUGCAGUUAAGGUGGAUUCCACUGUCGCGUAACUUUUACGUGCGCACGCAGGUAAAUUUUACGCGCGUAAAUAAAAUGGAGGCAAUGUAUGCAUGGUCGCGCGUAACGUUAAAGUUGAAGGUACGUGUUGUGCAGCUGGUACUUUCACAGUGGAAAUAUGCUUUUAGUUUACGGGCGACCCUUCAUACUUUUCCUCUAUACUAUUUACGCACGUAAAUUUUACGCGCGUACACACGUAACAAACGCGAAAUUCCUGUGAUUCAACUUGUAUUUGCUAUUUAAACUGCUUCUAAAGCAAGGUGAUCUAGCACGUAUGUACCAUUUUUUUCAACAUGGUAGAAUAAGAGACAUGAAGCUGAGUGUUUUGUCACGUUUUUGUUUUUGGAAAUUUCUGCAGGACAACAAAAAAGACAAACAGGAAGCAUUGGAAGCAGAGUGGAGAGAUUCCAAGGUAUUUUAUACACCGUAUUUAGUCGAAAGAACGCCGCGUCGACCACGAUAGUGAAAACGUCACUAAAAAAAAAAAAGAAUUUGCGUUCUCGCCUUUAUUUAGCUUUGCUCAAUUUGUCAAAUGUAGGCGAAUUUCUUUAAUAUAUUUUGAUUUUCUUCUUGUUUGCUGUAUGCCAUCUCCAUUGUGGAAUCCCGUCAGAUAUUCGAGGUUUGGCCUUCCUACCAUGCUACCCGUCUGCCUGUCUUUGCGACUUAGCAGUCCGGAAUAUCCCUAAAUUUAAGGACAGGGUCAACUGGUUACGCGACACUUUUCAACCAAUGAGAAGGCGCGCUUGUGUUUAUCAACAAACAAAUCAAAACAUCGCCCCAGUGAUCAAAAAUUUUCAAAACAACGGACGGAGUCGGACAGAAUUAAAGAUGAGCUUACAGUACUCGUCUAGGUUUUACAUUUAAUAUUUCAAAGAAAACAUUUCAUGUAAGAGAAUAAGAGCAUUAAUCAUUACAAGGGAAUCAUUGGGGUGUUCGAACUGAUUCCGGACCGAUCGCAAAGGUCGUGGCUUCACUGGCAUGGCUUGCAAGAUUUUUGAUAGAAGCAAACUGGUCCCGUGUAAAAAUAGCCUUAGAGAGAGUGUGAAAAUUUGUUGAGAUCGUUCAAAACAGGAUUGGUACUACCUAUUAACUUCUACAGGACAAGAAUCAAAGAACCAGUCAUCAUAACAAGAAUAGAAAGUAGUUCAAAUUUAUUAAUUUUUCUUGUUUGUUUUUUUGUGUUGUUUCGUGUUGACUUCACGCAUCUGGUGCUUUCUUUGCUUGCUGUAGUACCUGCAAUGUUUUAAUUAUAUCCAAGAUAAUCAGUGCAUGUUCAAUGAGUAGCGAAAUACAUAAUUUACAAUUGAGAUUUGCCUUCUUUCUUUGAUUGUUUUUUAACGGUGGAUGAACAUUUGGAGAAUCCAACAACAUUAAAUCUUUCCAGAUUAGUGAAUUUCAGAAACAAAGCAGUUAGUAUCUACCUUGCGCUUAUGUACUUCAAUUUCAUGCCCUCAAAUUCGGCAAAGUGAGGCGAGAUGUUGGACGUGAAUACCCAUAAGACUAAUUAAGUUGUUUUGGCCUUGAAAAGAAAAAAGGCAAAGGCUCGUACUAAUGCGAAAAAAGUAGUAACACGGCUCUGUGAGAAAUCAGGGAGUAGAACGUACGUGUUUUGGACCUCGGAAUUAAAAAAUUGUCUACCAAAAUUCUAGGUUGUCUAUCAUCUCCACAUUCAACAUGAUAAAAGUUUAUCGAUAUGACAAUCGAGGAAAAAUAUCUAGAACUUCGUAAAAAAUCUGUGAAUCGAAAAAAUAAUAGAUACUUGUUCACCUACCUUGAAAACCGACCAAAAUCUUGCCUAUACAUCACGUUGUUUAAAAGAUAAAAAAAGAGAUAAGCCACAAAAUGUGCUGAAUAUUUCACGAGACACUUCCAAUAUGGCUUCCGAUACGCUGUCCACUUAAAAAAAAUUGUGUAUGCCUCAUGAAAAGUCUUAAAAAUAUGCCAGAGAGCCUCGAAACGAUGACUGAUUCUGUCCGACUCCGUCCGCUGUUUUGAAAAUUUUGAUCACUGGGGCGAUGUUUUGAUUUGUUUGUUGAUAAACACAAGCGCGCCUUCUCAUUGGUUGAAAAGUGUCGCGUGACCAGUUGGCCCUGUCCUUAAAUUUAGGGAUAUUCUGGACUGCUUAGUAUUCGCGGAUGCUAGCGCUGAUGAAUUAGCUCCAGAGCGUGGUCUAGCCGUACAAACGUGAACAUCAAACCGCAAACCUGACGGCAAGGCACCGGUCACGUGACUUCUCGAAGAUUUCUGGUUCGCUGGAAAAGUCAAAUCCUCGAUCUUAAGGUCUCUAAUAUAUAGCUUUCUCGCGAAUUGCUUCCACAGAAUACCCAACUACUGCGGCAACCCAAACCUACCAGCAGGGGGAAGUACAUCUACAGGCAGGACUCCAUCACCAGGUCUUCGAGACCGGACAAACCCUUUAAAGUCAAGCCGAAGAAUAUUAAGACUCGAAACACGCCCAAACUAGAGUACACAGUACAGACGGAGAGCAACUUGUGAAGAUUUUUACAUGGCGGUUUUUGAUGAACUUAUUGUGGUCAUCCCUACGGUUAAUCAAGGGACUGGGAUAAACUUCCUUAAAGUGCCCAUCACCUAAAAUUUUUUAUUUUCUUAUCUGAAACUAUACCUUACUAAAAUAACUUCUGCGAAAACAUUUUGCGAUUUGAACAAAAGCCGAUUUUUUAACAAUUUUUUGAAGUCUACAUUUUUGCGGUACACCCGCGCCGCUGAUCAUGCAAACUAGCAAGCUCACAUAUGACCUCAUGUGACGUAAAUUAAGGAACUCGCAUUACCUUGCCUUCACCAGCUGUACACAAAAAAGAUAAAUUUCAAGUAAGGAUUGAAUCACAAUGUCUUCGUAAGAAGAAAGUCUUUCUGAAAAAGAAAAACCUAUCAGAACUCUUAAUGUUUUCCUGUGGAUAAGGUCACGUGUUCCUUAAAGUACGUCAUACUCCGAGAGAAGACUAAGACGAAUGGUGUGUAAAAUGGCGGCAAAUUAGAACGUUUUCAAAAAAUUGUAAAAAAAUCGGGUUUUGUUCAAAUCGCAAAAUUUUUUCGCAGAAGUUAUUUUAGUAAGGUAUAGUUUCAGAUAAGAAAAUAAAAAAUUUUAGGUGAUGGGCAUCGCCCUCUCCUUGGUGAGAUCUUUGCGACACUCUUCUCACUGGUGUACAACUUUCCAGUGCCUUUAGUUAGUAAUUAGUAACACCGCGACAAGUCCUUGCAAUUCUGCUUGCAGUUUCCUAAAUUAGAAGUCAAAGAAAUGUAUAAAGUUAAGAUAUUGAGAGUAAAAAUUUAAUGUUAAAAUUAUAAUGUUAGCUUUGGAAUCGUUUGACAUCGGUAGAGCUGGGA